AUGUUCAGAUCAUUCGCCGUAGUACUGCUUAUCGCAGUAACAUUGUCCUUCAUAUAUCCGACCCUCGAAGCACCCAUCCUCGUCAAACGAAUUAUAAACUCCACUACCGCAUCGAUCUCCUCCCUUCCAAACUGGAGGUCGAGUGACCAAGACAUCACAAUACGCGGAAAACGAGUUUCAGAUUCGGAGAUCGAAGACUUCAGGCAUCGACCAAGCCCCCCUUCUGAUACAGAUCCAAGUCGUGGCUGGGAACCCAUCUAUAUGCCUCAAGAACCGCAGGCACCCCAAGCCGUCGCUCGUGAAGAAGAUAUCGACCGAGAAACUUUCUCCUCCCACCAGAACCCGGACCAGCCAAAUCCGCCUUCUCGCGGCUGGGAGCCUGUGUACAAACCGGCUUCGGACGACAAGCAGCAACCGAUUGCUAAGAGGGCGGAACCAGAAAAUCCAGCUGUCGCCAAGUUCCUUCAGCGACAACGUCAGGUGCCAGUUCCACCCUCAGAAGAAGAUCCCUCCUAUAAUGCCCAACAACUAAUUGUCAGCGAGCAACAAAAGCAGCAGGCUAAUGAAGGUCCUGAAAUAGAUGCCUUCAAGCAACGCCCGAGCGAGCCGACUCCCAAUCCCCCUUCGAGGGGCUGGGCUCCGAUUUACAAACCAUCGGGCGAGCACCCUGCUGAUAUGUGA